GUCAUAACUACUUUAGGAGACGUCAUCCUUGAGCUUAUCGAGAGAAUACCUGGACAGGGAAUGCGCAAGGUUUUGGUCUCAUCUGUGGUCCUUAGCCAUGCCUCGCCCGUAUUUUCUAUCAUGUUUUGCCAUGGCUCCUAUGCGGGCCACGCUUUGUCGACAAGUUCACCGCAUACUGUACCACUUCCCGGUGAUGAUCCGAAAUCGAUUUUUCUGAUAUGCCUGAUUACUCGUUUCAAAACAUUCCAGCUGCCAGACACGCUGAAUGUCACCGAGUUCGCCAAUUUCGCAUAUGUUUGCCACAAGUACUCAUGCACAGAAGCUGUCCAAACGCAUUCUUUGAUUUGGCUUUCCUUCCUUUUGCAGAACCCAGAGGAUGCGGAUUUCGAGAAGUUGAUUCUUGCUACACACUUCUUCGAUCUGCAUCAAUCGUUCAACAAAAUUACACGAAGCAUAAUUCGAGAUUGGUUAGCUAUCACUGACAUCGCCACUGCUAUGAAAGGUCACGAAAGACUACCGGUAACUCUGUUCGAAAAAGUA